UUUUUCAGCUCAGAAGAUAAAAUAACUGUUCAUUUCAUCAACCGUGAUGGUGACAAACUAACAGCCAAAGGAAAACCUGGGGAUUCACUGCUGGAUGUUGUUGUGGAUAAUAAUCUAGACAUAGAUGGUUUUGGUGCUUGUGAAGGAACACUAGCCUGUUCAACUUGUCAUUUGAUAUUUGAAGACCACAUAUUUGAGAAACUGGAUGCCAUUACUGAUGAAGAGAUGGACAUGCUGGACCUGGCAUAUGGCCUCACAGAAACGUAAGGUUUAGGCUGCCAAAUCUGCUUGAAGAAAUCAAUGAACGAUAUGACUGUUCGAGUACCAGAAGCUGUUGCUGAUGCUAGACAAUCAGUAGAUAUGAGUAAAAACUCCUAA